CCCACCAUCUGGUGCGAACGACAGAAACACUUUGCCUUCUGGUGCGUUUCGUCUCAGCGGUCGCAGCCCUCCCAUUUGGAGAACCCUAGCUGUGAAAAGUGACCCUCUUUCCAUACUUCCAUCUCUGGUUUCGGUAAGCCCUAUCUUUUCCAGACGUCUUCACGUGGCCGCUCCGCAAUCCGACGAAGAUAAUUAGAUAAACGUCAAAAUUCAAAAGAGCCUGCUGUUUUGCGAGGCGGAAAUGGAGGCAAAGGCGAAUGGAACCGAUGAUCUUAAGGUACCUCUUCUUCAACCCUCGGAGAGUGUUGCAGUUACCGUUUCUCAACCAAAUGCAAAAGGAUUUAAGAAAACGAGGAAAAGUAUGUUCAAAAUCGGAGGGAUCAAGUGCACUUCUUGUGCAACAUCUAUAGAAUCUGUUUUGAAAAAGAUUGACGGAAUUGAAAAUGUUACCGUAUCACCUCUUCAAGGUCAAGCUGUAAUCAGAUACGCUCCAGAACUCAUCACUUCAAAAACAAUCAAAGAAACCAUAGACAACAUAGGCUUUCAAGUUGAGGAGUUUCCUGAACAAGAUAUAGCAGUAUGCAGACUCCGAAUUAAGGGAAUAACAUGCACAAGUUGCUCUGAAUCCAUAGAGCGCGCCCUGAUGAUGGUUGAUGGAGUGAAAAAAGCAGUGGUGGGUCUAGCCCUUGAAGAAGCAAAAAUUCAUUUUGAUCCAAACAUCACUGAUUCUGACCAGCUCAUACAAGCCACUGAAGAUGCUGGAUUUGGAGCUGAUCUCAUUACCUCGGGAGAAGAUAUGAACAAAUUGCAUCUAAGACUUCAUGGAAUUAGUUCUCCGGAGGAAGUGACCAUUAUUCAGUCCUCCCUUGAGUCAGUAGAAGGUGUGAAUCACGUGGAAAUGGAUAAAGUGGGACACAAGGUGACUAUUAGCUAUGACCCCAAUCUUACUGGUCCAAGGUCUCUCAUUCAAUGCAUCCAGAAAGCUGGCAAUGAGCCUCAUCUCUACCAUGCAAGUUUGUAUGUCCCCCCAAGACAAAGAGAAACUGAAAGGCAGCAUGAAAUUCAUGCAUAUAGAAACAAGUUUCUUUGGAGUUGCCUAUUUUCAGUUCCGGUAUUUAUGUUCUCAAUGGUACUUCCAAUGCUUCCUCCUUAUGGAAACUGGCUAAACUACAGGAUCCACAACAUGCUUACAAUUGGGAUUUUUCUGAGAUGGAUUCUUUGCACACCAGUACAAUUCAUUAUUGGCCAAAGGUUUUAUGUUGGAGCUUAUCAUGCAUUGAAACGAAAGUCUGCUAAUAUGGAUGUUCUUGUUGCAUUGGGCACUAAUGCUGCUUAUUUUUACUCUGUAUAUAUUGUUAUAAAAGCAUUCACUUCAUAUUCAUUUGAAGGACAGGAUUCCUUUGAGACCAGUGCUAUGUUGAUAUCUUUUAUUCUCCUAGGAAAAUAUUUGGAAGUUGUAGCAAAGGGGAAAACAUCAGAUGCUUUGGCAAAACUGACAGACCUUGCACCAGAUACAGCUUAUCUGCUAACAUUGGAUGGGGAAGGAAAUGUGAUCUCAGAGAUGGAAAUAAGUACUCAACUGAUACAACGAAAUGAUGUAAUUAAGAUAGUUCCAGGGGCAAAAGUUCCUGUUGAUGGAGUUGUUAUAACGGGACAAAGCCAUGUAAAUGAGAGUAUGAUCACCGGAGAAUCAAGGCCCAUAGCUAAGAGGCCAGGAGACAAGGUUAUUGGUGGAACCGUAAAUGAGAAUGGAUGCUUAGUAGUUAAGACUACUCAUGUUGGGUCAGAGACUGCAUUGUCCCAAAUAGUACAGCUGGUGGAAGCUGCUCAACUUGCCAGAGCACCAGUUCAGAAACUAGCAGACCAAAUUUCAAAAUUCUUUGUCCCUAUGGUUGUUGUAGCAGCAUUCCUUACAUGGUUGGGUUGGUUCAUUCCAGGAGAAGUUGGUGUAUACCCUAAAUGCUGGAUUCCAAAAGCCAUGGAUCGGUUUGAGUUGGCUCUGCAGUUUGGCAUUUCAGUUCUUGUGGUUGCUUGUCCAUGUGCUCUAGGACUAGCAACCCCAACUGCCGUCAUGGUUGCCACUGGGAAGGGAGCUUCUCAAGGUGUCCUCAUCAAGGGUGGAAAUGCACUUGAAAAUGCACAUAAGGUACAAACUGUUAUGUUUGAUAAAACAGGCACAUUGACAAUUGGAAAACCUAUUGUUGUUAAUACAAUGCUCUUUUCAAACGUGUCUAUCCAGGAGUUCUGUGAUGUGGCUGCUGCUGCUGAGGUAAACAGUGAGAACCCAAUAGCAAAGGCUGUGGUGGAAUAUGCUAAGAAGCUGCGUCAGAAGUAUGGCUCUGCUAUGGAACAUGUAACAGAACCCAAGGACUUUGAGGUGCAUCCAGGGGCUCGGGUUAGUGGAAAUAUUGGGGGAAAACUGGUGUUGGUUGGGAACAAGAGGCUCACGCAGGCCUGCAAUGUUCCACUGGGACCUGAUGUUGAAGAUUAUAUGUCAGAAACUGAACAGCAAGCUCGUACAUGUGUACUGGUUAUUAUUGAUGGGAGGAUUUCUCGGGGUUUUGCCAUAACAGAUCCUGUGAAACUAGAGGCAGAACGGGUUGUAUCAUACCUCCGGUCAAGGAGGAUCUCAAGCGUUAUGGUGACUGGUGACAACUCGGCUACAGAAACUGCCAUAGCAAAGGAUUAUGAGCACCCAAUAGCAAAGGCUGUGGUGGAAUAUGCUAAGAAGCUGCGUCAGAAGUAUGGCUCUGCUAUGGAACAUGUAACAGAACCCAAUGACUUUGAGGUGCAUCCAGGGGCUGGGGUUAGUGGAAAUGUUGGGGGAAAACUGGUGUUCGUUGGGAACAAGAGGCUCAUGCAGGCUUGCAAUGUUCCACUGGACCCUGAUGUUGAAGGUUAUAUGUCAGAAACUGAACAGAAAGCUCGYACAUGUGUACUGGUUGCCAUUGAUAGGAGGAUUGCUGGGGCUUUUGCCAUAACAGAUCCUGUAAAACCAGAGGAAGAACGGGUUGUAUCAUACCUCCGGUCAAUGAGGAUCUCAAGCAUUAUGGUGACUGGGGACCACUGGGCUACAGCAACUGCCAUAGCAAAGGAGCUUGGAAUUAGCAAGGUGUUUGCUGAAACUGAUCCACUAGGAAAAGCUGAUAAGAUCAAAGAAUUACAGAUGAAAGGUGUGACUGUGGCAAUGGUAGGCGACGGAAUCAAUGACUCUCCAGCUUUAGUUGCUGCUGAUGUUGGCAUGGCAAUUGGUGCGGGUACUGAUGUUUCCAUUGAAGCUGCUGAUAUUGUUCUCAUCAAGAGAACCUUGGAGGAUGUUAUAACAGCCAUUGAUCUCUCAAGGAAAACUCUCUCCAGGAUCCAGCUGAACUAUGUAUGGGCCUUGGGUUACAAUGUUCUUGGAAUGCCAAUUAUUGCUGGGGUUUUAUUCCCUUUUACCGGAAUCCGAUUACCACCUUGGCUUGCUGAUGCUUGCAUGGCAGCCUCCUCACUUAGUGUUGUCUGCUCAUCGCUCUUAUUGCAGUCCUACAAGAAACCUUUGCAAGCCCAAGACACAUGUAGUGUAUGAACUGCAAUGGUUCCAUUUCUGCCAAUUGUUACAACAAGGUCUGUACUGGAUUUCUGUAAAAGAACAUGUAGUUCACCUUUUCAGUGAUGCAUUUCUCCAUCUUUAUUAA